AUGAAACAAAUAUCGCUUCAAGAAUUUGUCGAUAAAACGAAACAGUGGGAUAAUAAUUCUUUGAAAUCAUUGGCAGUGGAUAAUUCUAUAAGUGAAAUGGUUGCGUUGGAGGACUUGCCAUUUAGUUUCGUGGAAAGUGUUGGAUUCACAAGACUUAUCAAGCAUUUGUGUCCGCCUUACAAUUUAAAGUCGCGUCAGUAUUUCACUUCAUUUAUAUGCGAUAAAUUAUUUGGCAAAGUAAGUCAGAAAAUUCUUGAAUUACUAAAAUCCUUCGAAAAAUUAUCAUUUACUACCGACAUUUGGUCUGAUAAUUGUUCUGGAGUUUCAUUGCUGAGUUUAACUUGUCAUGGGAUAACAAAAGAAUUUGAAAGGAAAAUGAUAGUGUUAAAAGCAGAAGUGUUUAAUGAAGACCGCCACACCGGAGAAAAUAUUGCUCAUAAACUUAAAGAUAUCUUGUCGGUUUGGGAAAUACCUAAAGAAAAAGUGAAAUGUGUAGUUCGCGAUGCAGGUGCUAAUAUCAAAAAAGGUGUUAACUUAUUAAAUGUUAAACAUAUUGACUGUACUUCUCACAAGAUUCAAAAUGUGUUACAAGCAGGGAUGAAGGCUCAAGAAUCUGUCGUGGCUGUCAAAACAAAAUGCAAAAAGAUGGCAACUCAUUUUCAUCAUUCGACUGCUGCCCAAGAUGAGUUGACCAAUAUACAAAAAAGACUUAAUCAAAAACCUCUUAAGAUUAUUCAAGAAUGUGCUACUAGGUGGAACAGCACUUUUUAUAUGUUCGAGCGUAUUUUUCAAGUCAAAGAGUCAUUAUGUCUGUACGCUUCGUCAAAUGAUAAAAUUCCUCAGCUGGCUUCUGAAGAGUGGAUGAUUGUUGAAAAACUUAUCGGUUUACUAAGACCAUUUGAAGAAGUGACCAGAGAGUUAAGUGCUGUCGAUGUUUCUAUUUCUUCUGUAAUUCCCUUAAUUGCUACUCUAGAAAAAGUUGUUCAUGAUCUUGAUUCAUCCGAUGAACACAUUGGUGAUACGAUUACCGUCAUAAAAGAUGAGCUUAUUCGCAAGUUUUCUGGUUUAGAGAAUGAAAUAUUGUUUGCCACGGCGACCUUUAUUGAUCCAAGAUACAAAGCAAAAUUUUUUAAAAAUACGUCGACUAAAGAGCUUGUCAUAGAGCAUAUUUUGGAUUUGCUCAGAGACAAUGAAACCGACAUAUCUUCCAAUUCACUUUACCAGAAUGCAAAGCGUGUUAGAUUAAAUAAUAAAUGCGAAGAUUACGAAACAGACAACAGUCUAUCCUUAAAAGAAACGAUGAGUUUACUGAUGGAUACGAGUGAUAGUGAAGAAGAUGACAUGGCUCUUCCUGGUUUUCAAAACUCUGUCCAUUUUUUAAUCCGUAAAACUGUCACAGAAUACUCAUCGGAAAAACGCGUGGCAGGUGACGUCGACCCUCUAACAUGGUGGAAAGUGAAUAAGGGAAGGUACGAUCUUCUUUUUCCUGUAGUUCGGCAAUAUUUAGUUACACCACCAACGAGUGUCCCGAGCGAGCGCUUGUUUAGUGGCGCUGGACUUCUUUAUACGCCACAUCGAAACAGACUUGAAGGAGAAAAGGCGUCAAAGCUAUUAUUUCUAAAGUUUAAUAUUCCUCUAUUAAAUUUUAAUUAUUAA